UGAUUUAUCUCCACAAAAUUACAAAAUUGUCAAAUGUUCUAUUUAGAUGCAAACAUAAAAGCUGCAACAAUACGAAAACGAAAACAGCGCGAACAGGAGAGGAUAAAAAGAGAAAAUAACAGAGUCAGAAAACAAAGAGAGAGAGAAUUUAAAUCUAACCUUAACAAAUUAAAUGAAUUUAAACGCACCAAAAAAAUGAAAAGACAAAAAAGAUGGCGCAAGAAAAAAAACGACCAACAAAUAUCGAGCGAAUUAAAGGAAGUCACUGAACUAUCUUUUGAAAACAAAAUGCAAAAAAGUAGAGCUUUGAAAAAAUUAAAAUCAAAUUUGCCAAACUCUCCUAUAAAACAAGCUGCUACCAUUGCAGCAUUUCUAGAAGACAGCAAUUCACCUGUUGUUAAAAUACUAGAAUCUAAAAACCUUGUUCCUUCUCCGGAGGAAAAAGAAAAUUCAAUCCUUCAAAAUUCUGUACUCGGGGAUAUAAAAGAGUCUGUUUCAAAACUGAAAAUGAAAAGGUGUGACAAAUCAAGGGAGGUAAUGGAUUUUCUGACAGCCUCCGUCAGUGGAGAUUCUGUAAAAGAGUCUAGGUCUAAAUCUUCUCUUGCUAAAAAGCUUGGACUUCCUGUUCGCCGUAUAUCAAAGGCCUAUGUUGUACGCAAUAAAAUUUUUCAUUCAGAGUCAUCUAGCUUCACGUAUACGAAGCGAAAAACAAGGUCAGACGCUCUGUCUGACGAAAACAGAAAACUCAUAUACGAAUUUUGGUGCGCCCCCGAAAAUUCUCAUCCGACUGGAAAUAAGAAUGAUGUAAAGCGGGUUAGAAUCGGGCCAAAACAGUAUUCAUCACACGCAGUUCAAAUUCUAGAAAAAUCCCAAACAGAAAUUUAUAACGAUUUCAAACUACAGUACCCUGAAAUUAAAGUAUGUCGAAGGCUCUUUGAGGCGUGCAAGCCAUAUUACAUUCGUUCAGCCGGACCCAAAGAUAAAGUGACUUGUUGUUGUCGCUAUCAUCUGGAGAUGAAAUACGUUUUUAGGGCAUGCAUGACUUAUAGGAAAACCUACGUUUCAAAUCCAAAUCUGUAUGAACAUAUUAACGAACUAGUCUCUCAAACACUGUGUCCCCCAAAUAAUGAACAUUACGCGAAAGCUUGUUUAGAUCGAAAAUGUGAACAAUGCGGUGUUCACAAGUUAUACCUGUAUCCCGAGGAGCGAGAAUCGAAUGAUGACUCCCCAGAUGUAACAUGGGAUUGUUUCGAGUAUAAGACUGUAAAAUCAAAAGGGGGAGAAACCAAAAAACUUAUGAUGACAAAAAAAAUUACUAAACCAGCUGAACUUUUUGAUUACUUAAAACAACUUCUACACAAAUUUCCCUCCCACAAUAUGCGUGCAAAAUGGCAAAUGCAACAAUUAAAGAAUUUGCAACAAAGUUUGCCACAAAGUCAUUGUAUAACAAUUCACGACUUCUCUGAAAAUUACAAAUGCUGGGAUAAAAAUGAAAUUCAAUCAAACUACUUUCAAAGAACGGAGGUUUCAAUCCAUGUAACAAUAAUUCAUAGGCACGCGAUUCUCGAAGUCGACGGUAUUGAAAGUACAAUGGAAGAUCCAAAUUUGAUAACAGAACAUUUCUUCACCAUUUCUCCAGACGAAAAACAUGACCAAUAUUUUACUCACCAUUGUCAGAAAUUAGUUUCAGAUUAUCUUAAAUCUAUUUCAUGCGAGGUACAUACGAUGCACGAAUUCUGUGAUGGCUGUGCAGCACAGUAUAAGAGUAGGCAUUGUUUUGGAGAUGUCUCUGAAUCUGUCGCUGAAUUUGGAUACACAACAUUAACUCGAAAUUUUUUCGAAACAAGUCAUGCUAAAGGACCACAGGAUGCAGCUGGUGGGUUCUUAAAAAAUCAAGCUGACUUAGCAAUUCUGCGUGGGCAGUGCAUAAUUCAAAAUGCAAAAAAAUUGUUCCAAUUUGCCAAUGAAAAAUUACAAAAUCCGAAAGGUGUCUCAAAUGUAAAACGCAGAAUUUUUAGAUUUGUAGAGGAAAUUCCUCGAGAUCCACCCAGACUUUAUAGCCCUCUUCCUGGUAUUCGCUCCAUCCAUCAACUUAUUUCAAAUAUAUCAGGAAACAAUUAUGUCAGAUACCUUUCGUGUUAUGAUUGCGAAGAAUGUCUAGAGGGAAACGUGACGAAUUGUACAAAUACAGAUUUCUUGGGCACCCCUACAUCUACUAUAUUUUCCCCUGAAAUGCGGUCACACGAUAUUAAUGAUGCCGUUGACGAAACUAAUGAAUAUCAUCCACUUUCCGAACUUGUUUCAAAAGGUUGCAUCCUUGCUUUGUUGUCAGAAGAAAGUGAUUAUUAUUUAUUUAAAGCAUCAUCAAAGUCAACAGUUCUCGAACAAGAUGAAACGGACAAGUGGGGGGCGUCAUAUAAGUCCGGAGACGAAGUAUUGCGAGGAAAGUAUUUUAUACAAUCCAAAGAAAAUCCUUUGAAAUUCAAGAUUAACCAGAAAAAAUCUGCCAUUGUACCUGUAAAAUCUAUUCUUUAUAUGUUUUCAAAAAAUGAACUUCCUAUUAAUGGAAACGAAAUUAUCCUUUCAGAGGACAUGCACCUUUCAAUUUUACAAAGUGUGAUUGAUUCACGUUCACUUCAGUGA